CCAUGAAGAUGGAUGGAGUAUUUCUUAUCAUCAAGACUGUGACUUUUCUCUUCAAUUAUGUGGCCACUGCAACUCGGACGUUGGCUGGUAUUGAGCCUAAAUGUCAAGAUUUCCCAUAUCACCCAGUCUGUCCCCUGUACUCACAACCAUUGUGUGGCACAAACAGUGUGACUUACACAAACCUUUGUUAUCUGUGUUUAUAUAACUGGGGAACUGGUUUUAAGGUUAAAAUUUUGCAUGAAGGACAGUGUGGUACUGAAACUCGAUCAAAUCAAAAACUAAACCGAUCUAGAAAAACAUACUGAAG